AUGGACCACCGGGAACCGACGGCAGUCGUAGCGCCUGUGCCAUCAUUCAAUGCUUCAUCUUUUCCUCGAUUGACUGCUACCAAUACUAAUACUGCUACCAAUACUUCUACUACUACCUCGUGCAAACCAUCCGACCCGGAGGACGCCUGUUGUCGCCACUGCGGCAGUCGUUCGUUGCUCAUUGACUGGGCACAAGGAGAUCAAGUGUGUACACACUGUGGUGUGGUUGCGGCCGAAAAACUGCGCGAUGAUCGUCCCGAAUGGCGAGAGUUCAAUGAUGCCGAGGAUCUGGCCAAAGGACUGCCCGCAUCGGCGCGGUGUGGACUGGUGCCCGUCGAUGAGUCCAAAUAUCUCGGAGGUCUGCAGCCCACCACCAUGAGCUCGACUCCCUUUGGCGGAGGAAACUUGGGCUCGAAAGCUGCCAGAAUGGCCAAACUGCGCAACCAACUCGUUACCACCAACAAACGGCUCGAUCACAUGAUGGGACAGCAUCACGCAAGAGCACUCAAGAAUGCUAGAAUCUCGCGGUUGGUUCGAAAGCGACAAUUGCAAGAUGGCACUACUGUGGAAACAGACCAAUCCGAUCUCGAAUCGGUUGUCACCAGUCCCGAUGAGGAUCAUCUACGACCGGAAUUGGAACAAAUACUCAUUCGAGAAGAAGAAGACGCUUCCAGAAUGCAAACAGCUCUCAACGCAGACAAGUGGAGCCUGCGAAGAGCUAUUCUAUUGCAUGGAAAUCACGAAUCUCUCGACGACUCCAAUGCGGCCCUGGCAGAACGAAACGAUCUCAACUCACGCUUGGAUUCCAAGUUGCGCAAGGCAGCUGCCGAUCUGUACCUUGCAUAUCAAGUGCUAGGAGACGCAUCCCAACGAUUGCAACUCCCUGAUCGAGUCACGCACGAAGCCACAACCAUGCUAUCCCGUUAUGCUGCCAACCGAGAUGGAUUCAAAGUCAAUGGAGUCAGUAGUCGACUCGCCAUGAAAAAGAAUAAUCUUACCACGCAACAACGAAAAGAAGCCGCUGAAAGUCUAAGAGAACACAACAAACACAAACAAAUGGGAUCACUCUGUGCCGCAUUGCUGUUGUUGACGGCACGCAAAUUGGGAUGGCCGCGACCCUUGACUGAAGUAUGUGCUUGUGUUCACUUCAAACCAAACAGCAACAAAAACUCGACAUCCUCCUCAUUUAUCAAACCCAAACAUUGUUCUCGGGCCAUGGACGAAAUCAAAUCAGCCUUUCCAGAUUAUGCCAGGUCCAUUGUUGUGGCUGUGGGUCCAGCCGAGAUGGCUUCCAACAACCGCAAUAAUGCUCCCACUAUGAAGAAUGAUCCUGCGGCUACCAUUCACUUUGUUGAUCAUGCCGUACGGAAACUACAACUACCACCCGUGGCGGAAGCAUCCAUUCGAGCACUGGUGUGGCAGUCUUGUCAAGAACAACACACCACAGGACAGCAGAGUGGAACCAAGUUAUCCACCAUUUGUGCGUCGCUGGCGUACUUUGUUUGCUUGUCGGGGUCCAUCAUGCAACAACUGGCUUCCCAGGCACAAAUGCGAGAACAACAGCAGCAGCAACAACAACAGCAAAAGAGCAGCAUUCGCGUGUCCAACAACAGGUUUCGGCUCUUUAUCGGUAAAAGUAAGAGAAGGAACAACAAAACCAACAAGAACGACAUGAUGCCGCCUCCACCCAAGAAACCCAAACUCGCCAGGAUUGUAACAGCCGAUCCGAACAACAACAAUAGCAAACAGGAAGCAUCCAUCCCGAAAGUGGUUACGGUGGAGAGCAACAACGGAGAUGACCCGGCAGAAAAGAAUGGCUUCAAUCACGACGACAGCGAUACGUUUGAUGUCUUUUCUCAUGCCGUCGGUUCGGAGCUACUGGCUCAGAAACAAGAGUACGAAAUGCGACGUGUUUGGGAUGCAUGGGUGGAUCAAACGUCGUGGCUACGGUCCGUUUCGGAAGUCGAACAGUCCAGCGGAGUGGCGAGCUCGACCAUCAUCUCGCAUUACAAAGCCAACAUUUUUCCACGACGACAAGCCCUCUUGGAGUGGCUACGGGAUGCAGUGGUUGUCAGUGGCAAGGAAGGCGACGCACCCACUAUCAAUGGGUCCAACAUUCUGUCGGAAACACCACUUGCAACCGUCUUGUUGUCUCAUGUUGCUGCGGCGGCACCGUUGUUGGAGUCUAACGGAAAGACAAGAUAG